AAGAAAGCAAAAAAAAUGGAAAAAUUGCCAAUACUUGUAACAGACAGGAAGCCAUAUCAGCUGCAGCAUUGUUCAACAACCCCCAAAUCAUCAUCACCAUCAAAAACAUCAGAUCCUUUUUCAUCUCCUUUAAAGUCAAAUGUUGCAGUCAACAAAAUACUCAUUCCUGCCAUGAGAAACAAAAAGAAAUCCAUUAAACGUUCAAAUCUCAUUGUUAAACAAUCACAAUCUCAACCCCCAAUGCAUCAUAAUAAUUCAUCUUCUCUUUCUAAUUCCCCUCCUUUUCGAACUAAAAACGUCGUCGUUUUCGUUUCGAUUUUAUCUCUAGCAGCUGUGAUUAUACUUUCAUUCAAUACCUUGACCUCCUCCUUUACAUCCAACGACGUCGUUUCCGUCUCCAUUCAUUCUUUCGAAACCGUUCACGAGUUCCCUCACGAUCCUCACGCGUUCACUCAGGGGCUAUUGUAUGGAGGAAAUGAUACAUUAUUCGAGUCAACCGGUCUCAAUGGAUAUUCGUCAGUUAGGGAGGUAGAUAUUCGGACGGGAAAGAUUAAGACUAUACAGAACAUGGACAGCUCUUAUUUUGGAGAGGGUUUAACUCUUUUGGACCAAAGGUUGUAUCAAGUAACUUGGUUGGGGAAAACUGGUUUCACAUAUGACCGAUAUAAUUUAACCAAAUUCAAAAGAUUUACUCAUGAUAUGAAAGAUGGCUGGGGAUUAGCAACUGACGGGAAAGUACUCUUUGGAAGCGAUGGGUCGUCUUCCUUAUAUCACAUGAAUCCUCAAACAAUGAAAGUUGUAACAGAGCAAGUUGUUAAAUAUAAAGGUCUAGAAGUGCAUAAUCUGAAUGAACUAGAGUACAUAAACAAUGAAAUUUGGGCAAACAUCUGGCAGAGUGACUGCAUAGCUAGAAUAUCACCUGCCGAUGGAAAUGUGAUUGGAUGGAUUCUCCUUCCAGAACUGAGAGAGGGAUUAUUAGCCGCUGGCAACAGAAUUGAUGUGUUGAAUGGCAUAGCAUGGGAUGAAGAUAAUAAACGGCUUUUUGUUACAGGGAAACUUUGGCCAAAGCUAUAUGAGAUAAAGCUACAGCCACUGAGAAAACCUUUGCAGGCGCCCAUUGAACGUCUUUGCUUGAGGGGCCCCGUUCAUUUUAGAAGAAAGUGAUGUACGAAUAAUAUAUAUUGAAUUCUUCACAAUCCAUGAGUUUUAUCAUUUAUACAUCAUGUUUUGGUGUCAUAUAUUGCAUUGUAGUAGAUAUAUUCAUUUGAAAAACUUUAGAUCUUACAAGGAGGGAGAAGAUAUAGUGAUAUCUGGAUCUGUUUUCAUUUGUUCUUGUAUACUUGCUUUAGGCUUCAGCUAUGUUGAAAAAUUCUAAAAAUCCA